CCUUGUUUGAUAACAGCAUCGAAUUCCAGACGUGACGAGGGCGGUGGCGUUCAUUCAGUUUGGAAGACCUUGCUAAGGAGAGAAGAGCUUUGGUUUGGGAAGUUAGACACGGAUUUGAGCUGACCAGUACGUUGUAAAAAUCAUAGCACAUUGCAGCACCUGGUCCAACCACCUGUGAUUGUUGUGUGAGGGUGAUGUCAGCAGCCUGUUUAGUGCGCCUGGUAAGGUGCAGUGGUCCUAAUGUAGGACUUUUCCAGAAGGCUGUAGUCCGACUGCCAUUUCAGCACAACAGCUACAAGACAGAGCUCUCAGUCUUCAACAAACAACCUUCAGGGAGACACUACAGUAACACACGCUUUGAUCCAGACAGUAGUGGCCGUCCUACCACCUGGGAUUCCUUUGGCAUCUGGGAUAAUCGCAUAGAUGAGCCCAUCCUGCUUCCCCCUAGCAUUCGUUAUGGAAAACCCAUUCCCAAAGUUAGCCUAUCAAAGGUAGGCUGUGCUUCCCUUAUUGGUCAGCGCAAGGAGAAUGAAGAUCGUUUCAAGGUCUCCCAAAUGACUGACAGCAUCCUCUACUUUGCUGUGUUUGAUGGUCAUGGUGGACCAGAAGCAGCUGACUUCUGUGAAAAAUACAUGGAGAAGUUUAUAAAGGACCUUGUGGCAAAGGAAGAAAAUCUGGAACUAGUUUUAACAAACGCCUUCCUUGAAGUAGACAAGGCUUUUGCACAGCACUUACACUUCUGUCCAAAUGGACCAGGAAUAAACGCAGGAACCACCGCCACCGUGGCCCUGCUAAGGGAUGGCAUUGAACUGGUUGUCGCCAGUGUGGGGGACAGUCGUGCCAUGUUGUGUCGCAAGGGAAAGGCCCUGAAACUCACUGUCGACCACACUCCUGAGAGGAAGGAUGAGAAAGACAGGAUAAAAAAAAGCGGAGGGUUUGUGACAUGGAAUAGCCUUGGACAGCCGAACGUUAACGGGAGGUUGGCAAUGACACGCAGUAUCGGAGACUUUGACCUGAAGAAGACAGGGGUCAUCGCUGAGCCAGAAACCAAAGCAAUGACGUUGCAUCAUGUCCAUGACUCCUUCCUGGCUCUGACCACAGAUGGGAUUAACUUCAUUAUGAACAGCCAGGAAAUCUGUAACGUUAUCAACCAGUGCCACGACCCCAAAGAGGCCGCUCAGAGAAUCUCUGACCAGGCUCUUCAUUAUGGCACAGAGGACAACAGCACAAUCAUUGUGGUGCCAUUUGGAGCUUGGGGAAGACACAAGAGUUCAGAUAUCAGCUUCUCCUUCAGCAGAAGUUUUGUGUCCAGCAGCCGCUGGGCCUAGUCAGCAGGCCUCUGGGUUAAGAGGUGUGGUGUGCAGAGCCAGCUAACAUGUGCAAUACAUUCUACGCCCUGGAAUCAACCUAACGAUAGCAGUAUGUUUGAACAAGGAUGCCUGAGGGGUAUGAUGUGUCAUUUAAAGCAGCUUCUGCAAUGUAAGGAGCAGCAAACUCAUAAUGUGCACCAAAUUUAAAAAAUGGUUUAUACUAGCAAACUAAUAAGUACCGAAAACUGGGAAGAAUUUAAAAGCAGACAUUUUUAUUUAACAAUAAUAGUCUAAAGCAGAUGUUUAAUGUUGAAAUAAAAAAAUACCUAAUUUUAUAGAGGCAGAAGGUUUCACCUUUGAUGCAUUUCCAAUAUUUACAGCUACAUUGUUAGAAUAGUAGAAAAAUACACCAUCUGAUACUUAAUAAUUCUAAAACGUUUUGAGCAGAAAUGCAGUCCUGAGUUAAAUCAGCACAUUUUGAUGCAAAUCAUCAAAAUAAUUUUUAGAAGUGUGAUUUGUGAGUGUGCGUCCUCCACUCAGGCAUGUCAGGCACAGAAGACCCUUUGUUCUGGCUUUGUGUCAGAGCUUAGUGAAUAAACAGCGAUGAUUCAUUUAAACCCUCCUCUCCCAAAACAACAUCGUCUGAAAGGAGAGUUAUUUAAACACAAAAGGCACAGAAAGUAUUCCAGGUGCUAAUUUUACAUCUGCAUCAUCGGACCAAAUUAAUAAUGAAUUUGCUUCUCAGUUGAUGCAAAGUAAAAUUAAAGCCAAACAAGAAUGACACUUAAAUGUGUUUCACAACAAAAAUGAGAUUCAGAGUAAAGAAGUGAAUUUUUGUGUUUCUAAACUGAACACUUACAGGUUUCUUUAUUGAAAUGACCUAAUAGAGGACCACCGCUGUCCUUUCGCACAAAACAGCUUCAAAUGUAAUGCAUAUUAGUGCAUAAUGGAGUUUAUUAAACCAGCCGUUUAUUGCUCUGCACUGCAAAAACUGAUUUCUAAGAGGGUAACAAUGGCCUCAUUUUUGGAUAUUUGUCUUUUUUUAAGUCUAGAAAUAAAUGAAUUUUCUAGAAAAGGGUUCAUCUUAAAUAUAAUCCAGAUUAUCUUGUUUUGAGUAAAAAAAAUCUCAAUGGGGAAGGCAAAAGUUGCUUGGCUAGAAAUCUUAAAAUUAACAAAUAAAAUGAAUUAUUUUGCUAGUUUUAAGAUUUCUAGCCAAGCAACUUUUGCCUUCCCCAUUGGCAGAUGUUUUUACUCAAGAAAAUCGGCAUCAUAUUUAAGCCUCUUGGUUCUGUGGACGCGGAUCUGCGUCGUUUAAACAGGUCUGAUUUGGGACGUCGUAGCGGCGAGACUCUGCCUCCCUGAGUUUCAGUUUCAGUUCACAUUUAAAGUGGAGAUUAUAAGCUUUAUCCUAGUUUUAAAUUUGGUAAUAGGUCAAGUAAAGGUGUGUUGUACUAAACUAAAGGAAUUGCCUUUUAUUAGACAAUCAGAAGUUAUGAAAACUGCAAAUACGAGCGGUCACGGAUCGCGGUGAACUGUGAGACAGACGUUGACAGAAAACAUUAGAAAACAAAUAAGGCAGUAGAAAUAUUUUUUUAUUUUGGAAAGGAAGAAUCUAAAUAAUCAAAAACUGCUAUUUAUACCCUGGACCCCAAAGGCUUAAGCAUAUUUACCUUAUUUCUCUAGAUAAGAAUUUGUUUCCUUUUUAGACAAAAUCAGAUCAAACGUCUAAAAAUUAGGCCUGAUACCUGAUGGGAUCUGAAACCCACAAAGUUCGGGCGCAAAGGAAGUAAGUGUUCAGUGUACAAAGUGUAUAGUGUACAUAUUGUAAAUAGUUAUAUUUAUGUACUGGUGCAACACUGUUAUGUAUAUGUUGUUUCAUGAAUAUCCUAUAUCCCACAUAUCUGAAUAUUUUAAACGUGCAGGACUUAUUUAGUUGAUUUUGCUUGAUUUUGCUUGUAAGUGGAAAUAUUUUGCUGUAUUUUUGUGUCUUUUGGAAAAUACAACGGACCCUGAACGCACCGCUAGAGUUCAAGGAGUCAUGGAUGACAGAGUGAAUGUUUGCUUAUAUAAUAAUCUCAAUCGGUAAGGCCCAUCUGUUUGAUGCGACCUGGCUGAGCUGUGAUUAACAUUUUCCAGUGUAAGGCAGACUUGAACUAUAAGACGGCAGAUUAUCAUUAAAUUUGGGCUUUUUGUUGUAUUACUUAAUAUUUGCCAGUGUUUUUAUUUCCAACGUUGUAAAUGUGUUCUGUUAUAUAGAAAUCCUUAAAUGCCAUUUGUAAAUGAAAAGUACUGAUCGGGUGAAACCAUGAUUUAUGAUGGGGACGUUCCAACCACAGCCUCAAGGUGUUAAUUAUCACUAUGUUCAAUAUUUUACUAUAUGUCAAGAGUUAAACUGUGCAAAUAUAUUUAACACUGUUCAGAUUUAUUUUCUCAUCAAAUUUUUAUUUUUCAUUUUCUUUAUGGCUAAUUACAUCAUUAAAUAAAAUAUGAAUUAAAGUUUAAAAUGUCUUUUUCCAGACUUUAUAUUGAAAUUUAUUCUGAUUGUAAGUAUUCCUGUUUCUUUAUAUUAUUUGUCAGUAGAUUGUUGCUCGUAAGACACUCCACCCAAAAUUGAGUCUUUGACUUUGAAUUUAAAUCUGCCAACUCUUAUUGGCUAAGGUGUACACUAUGACUUUAGCUGGUACAUUAUGAUGUCACAAUGUUGUGUGUGUGUAUUUGUUGGUGGCUCCACCCUCGGCCUGGCGGGCAGUGGGAGUGGAUAAGACUGGUAGGGAGUGACUUGUUCUUUAACUUUGUCAACAGCACCGCCUUUCAGCCUAAAAAAAAUAAGAGCUGAAAAUAUCUAGCGGUAGACACUGAGCAGAUAGAUGAACAUCUCACGGAAAAACUCCGACAAUGAAAACAUUGACUGAAGCGCGCUACGCCCUCUGUUGUCCUGGUGGAGAACUGCUUCAUGACUGACAUACCAGCAGAGGGAAAACGUCUGUGCGUGUGUGUGAUCGCAAACUUGUUGAAGUAUAAACUUUGCUUAACGUUCUUUUAUCAGCUGUAGUGUAAAAGGAAACUCUGUUAAUCACGUGUUAUGUAUCCAGUAGGGUAAAAUCUGGCAAAGUCUGCCACUUGUUUACAUCAGUGAACUGCAGCAGGGCGAAUGUAAGCUAACAUUCGUCAGCUAGCUAGCUAACCCUUAACUCUUGUAAUAAUCGCUCUCUAUGAGAUCCAUGGACGUAAUUUUCACUUUAGAAGUGGGGAGGGGGGGGGGAUCUUUACAGUAUGCUCUAACGGGAAACAGGCUUCAACACAAAUGGUUGUUUUCUGCUUGGGCCUAGAGCUCAACCAGUGUCACUUUAAUAUAGCGUAAUAUUGUUUUUGGAUGGUAAAAAGUGCAGGGGUCAAAACCUGACUUUGGAAAAAGUGGGGGGGACAUGUCCCCCCCCCCCAAAAAAAAAUUACGUCCAUGA